AGGGCCCAGGGUUAAGGCUUAAUAGUGAUGUGUUUGUGUGUCAAGUUGACAAGUGAUCAUUUGUACUGACUGGUUUUAUACUGUGUGGUUUUGUGAAUAGAAACCCUGACUAAGGCACCCUUGGAGAAGGGAAUCUCAGGCCAGGCCCUCAGGACCCCCUUUUUUGAGCAGUCUUUAAGGUUACAUUAAGGCCUUCACCCUCAUUUCCCCAUCUCUAAAUGGUACCCCAAGAGAUGGUGCCUGUUCCUCUUAGCUGGCCUAGGACACAGCACCCUUUGUUCUGGCCAACCCCUCAAUAGCCAGGCUCAGGCCUGGAUUAGCCUUAUCCAAGGGAAGCCAGGAGCCCCUCCUGGAAUGUGAAGGGAGGUGAGGUGAGGUUGGGGGUAGGGGAGAGCAAGAGUGCACUGAAGUGACUUGACAGCCUCAUCUCUCCAGGGAACCACUGUGCUCCCAUCCCCAGAUUGUGACCCCUCCCAUAAGGCAAGGUUUUGUGCCCCAGUGGAACCCAGGGUAUGUGUGGGGGUGUCUCCUUGUCCCUUGUCCCACUGUGUCAGCCCUGCUGGCUCAUGGGCACUUGUGCCAGUUCCCUUCCUGGUAAAAGCUGCUUAGCAGGGGUGGGAUGAGGGGAUUUUAAGCCCCAGCCAGGCCAGGGGAAGGAGUCGUCUGCAGGAGUGCAGCCACCAUUGCCAAGGCUGUUGGACACUCUCUGGAGCUAGAAGCUGCCCCUCCCGCAGGCCUCGAGAGAUGUGAGGCUCAACCCUAAAUCCAGAGUCAGGUCCAGGUGAGUGUGUGGUGAGGGCUGAUAGGGACCAGUUUCUUGUUCCUGUGUUCACAGUUAUGCGGUGGGACAGGGGGUGGGGGUGGGGCAGCAAGGAACGACAGAACCUGGAACUGGGAGAGGGCAGCUUGCUAAGUAUCCCUGGGGAGAGGUUUAGGACUUUCGCCCUCCCCACCUGUCGGGGUGCAGUAAGACUUGGAACUCCCCUGCCUAGGGAUGGAGGGCCUAGGUUGGGAACUGCUGGGGCUCAGGUCUCUCUCUCUCUCUCUCUCUCUCUCUCUCUCUCUCUCAGUCUCUUGCAAGGAGCCCACCUCCCCAUGGGGUUGAGACCCCAUGCUCUUCCCCCAAGGUUUCAGGCUGGAGUACAAGGUGCUCGAUCAGCCAUCCUACUAGUGGGGAAACUGAGGCUCAGCCAGGAGCAACAGGGCAAACUCCGUUCCAGAACUGGUUUCAAAGUGGACCAAAGCAGGCUGGGACAAGGCAACUUCUUCCCUGCUGUUUUAAUUGCUGUUAUCCCUGGUCUUAGGAACUAGUGUAGCACACUUUGGGGUCACAGUAGCUGUUGGCCUCUGGCACUCACUACACCUCUGCCUCUGCUGUCCCUAGGUUCCCAGAGGAGAGGAGCCCUGGUGAGGAAACUCCGAAGUGAAGUUUCCAUUCACCCUUCACAGGCCUUUGCAGGAAGGUCAGAAGUCUUGGGGUGACCUUCCUACUUUGCUGGCUCUAUGAACCUGAAAGGGUUCAGUGGGUGUCCUGGGCUGUUUCUCUUUGCUCCCUUACAGCACCCAACCACACUGCCUUUUGUCCCCCUCCUCCCCAGCAGAAGCAGAAGCAAUGGGUGCUGGCGGUCCGAGGCGGGGUGCUGGCCCUCCGGAUGGUGGCUGGGGCUGGGUGGUGCUGGGCGCCUGCUUCGUGGUCACCGGCUUCGCCUAUGGCUUCCCUAAGGCUGUGAGCGUCUUCUUCCGAGAGCUCAAGCGCGACUUUGGGGCAGGUUACAGUGACACAGCCUGGGUGUCCUCCAUCAUGUUGGCCAUGCUCUACGGCACGGGCCCCUUGUCCAGCAUCCUCGUGACGCGCUUUGGCUGUCGCCCCGUGAUGCUGGCUGGUGGACUGCUGGCUUCAGCAGGCAUGAUUCUGGCUUCCUUUGCCUCGCGCCUCGUGGAGCUGUACCUGACGGCUGGGGUGCUCACAGGCCUGGGCCUAGCUCUCAACUUCCAGCCGUCGCUCAUCAUGCUGGGACUCUACUUCGAGCGGCGACGGCCCCUGGCCAACGGGCUGGCAGCGGCGGGCAGUCCCGUGUUUCUGUCCAUGCUGUCGCCGCUCGGGCAGCUGCUGGGGGAGCGCUUCGGCUGGCGUGGCGGCUUCCUGCUGUUUGGCGGCCUCCUGCUGCACUGUUGCGCCUGUGGGGCAGUCAUGCGUCCGCCCCCUGGACCCCCGCCGCGCAGAGACCCCUCGCCCCACGGUGGCCCGGCUCGCCGCCGGCGGCUGCUGGACGUGGCAGUGUGCACCGACCGUGCUUUCGUGGUGUACGUGGUCACCAAGUUCCUGAUGGCACUCGGGCUCUUUGUGCCGGCCAUCCUGCUGGUGAACUACGCCAAGGACGCGGGCGUGCCUGACGCCGAGGCCGCCUUCUUGCUGUCCAUCGUGGGCUUCGUGGACAUCGUGGCACGACCGGCGUGCGGUGCUUUGGCGGGUCUGGGGCGCCUGAGACCCCACGUCCCCUACCUCUUCAGCCUGGCCCUGUUGGCCAAUGGGCUCACGGACCUGAUUAGCGCGCGUGCGCGCUCCUACGGGACCCUCGUUGCUUUCUGCAUUGCCUUCGGCCUGUCCUACGGCAUGGUGGGCGCACUGCAGUUUGAGGUGCUCAUGGCAACCGUGGGUGCACCCCGCUUCCCUAGUGCAUUGGGCCUAGUGCUGCUCGUGGAGGCCGUGGCUGUGCUCAUAGGACCGCCCUCUGCCGGCCGCCUGGUGGAUGCUCUGAAGAACUAUGAAAUCAUCUUCUACCUUGCUGGCUCUGAAGUGGCCUUGGCAGGAGUCUUCAUGGCAGUUACCACCUACUGCUGCCUGCGCUGCUCUAAGAACAUCUCAUCAGGUCGAUCUGCUGAGGGAGGAGCCAGCGACCCAGAGGAUGUGGAGGCUGAGAGGGACUCUGAGCCAAUGCCUGCCAGCACUGAGGAGCCGGGCAGCCUUGAAGCUCUGGAGGUGCUGAGCCCCCGGGCUGGGUCCCCAGAACAAGAACCAGAGGAGGAGGCAGUGCCUGAGCUGGAUCACGAGUCCAUAGGUGGCCAUGAGGCACGAGGCCAGAAGGCAUGAAACUGUGGCUUCCUCUCUGAGGGCCUGGUACAUGGGGAGCCAGCCUGGGGUGGUCUCUUGGGAACCCAAUAUGUUAGACCCUGUUCACAGUGAAUAAAGGGCCCCUAAAAGA